CGCCAACCGUGUUGUGUUUCGUUGUCGCGUUUGUGAAUGUUUUACAUUGAAGUUUUUUUAAGUGAGUGCAAUGGAUCGUUACACGGUGAACCGUCGUUCGAUAAGAAAUAAGAAUAAUGAUGGAUUGUUAUCUAAAUGGAGGAAGAAAUAUGUUGGAGGUAUCCUGAAAAAGCAUACUUGGAUUAGCAGUGUAUAUGAUUUGAAUAAUGCCAGUUAUGUAAUCAACCGACGGUACUCAAAGGGCAAGAUGUCACCCGUAUGCCACAAUUUCGUCCAGAAUGCGUGGAAGAAGGAUUUCUGCUCGAAUUGCUUCAAAUCACGCGAGGAACACGUCAAACAAGAUAGAACGACUGACGGUAGCAAAUAUUUAGCCACACCGUUCCAAAACAAAAGCACUUAUUUCAAAAAAACAACACCACCGAGCAUACUCAAAAUUCAAUCCAAGAAGAAAAAUAAACGAAACGUGCGAUUCCCAGAAGAAGUAUGCAGUGUUAUAGGUUACGGAGGAGAUGACUGGUCUGAUGGCGAAGAGUUUGAAGUUUCAGAAGAUAAUGACGACGAGGACACAUUCCCCGAUACAGAGGAGGAGAGAGAGCUUCACAGAAUUACAAAAUCAAAUACAGAUUUUAACACUGUGAAAGCAAAUUUAUUAGGAGACUCUGUGAGUAAAUCUUACACAUCCUUAUUACUAGGUAAAAUGCAGACUGAUUCAGAUGGCAAAAAGAAAACACUUUUGGUAUCUGUUACUCCAUUCGGACAGGACAAUAAGAGUCCAAGCGUUAAGUCUCACAUUCGUAAACCCGCCGCCGUCAUACAUGUUGCUGAACCCCCAUCAGAAGAAACGAGUAAUUAUAAAACAAACAUAAUUUUAUCUACAUAUGUUAAAGAAACAGAGACAAUUAUUUGCCCCGAAGGUUCUACCGGUACUAUUUGUACAGAAAAAUCACUAUUGGAGGAAAUAUCUGAAACGUUACAACAAAAUAGGAUAGGCAAUGGCUCAGAAUUGGCUUUGACACAAAAAGAUAACAAUAAACCAAUGAUUGUAGAAGGGAAAAUCAAAGAAAGUAUGCAAGAUGAGGUUGAUAAAAAAGAAAUGGUAGAAACAAAAAAGAAUAGCAUUGUAAGAAAAUCUCCUUUAGUCAAAACGCAAGAGCGACCCAAAGUAAAUUUAAGUAGAUCUGAGUUUAAAUUUUGUAAAAUCAAAAUAGAGAGCAGCAGUGUUGAUUCCGCUGUAAGUACUUUAAACUCGACCGCAAACAAUUCACUCGCAUCAGAUGACGAAAGUUUUAGUGGGCGAACCGACUCAGAUAAUGACGACAGCGGUCAUUUUUCGGAAUCAAACAAAUGUGAAGAAACUGUUAAGAUAAAAAUAUUCAAUGAUGGUGAUAAGAACAUCAAAUUGUCGCCAAUGGAACAGCUUCGUAAAAUAGAUGGACAAUCAAAUGGUGGAUACUCUACAUUCCAAACUCCAAUAAUGGAUAUGCCGGUUAUAAUACCUAAACAACCGGAAAAUAUGUUUACACCCGAAGCCAGUCGUGAGUUGGCCGGGGAACCAGACGGUCGAGCAGAUCCAGAUGAUGCAUCAGAAGCUCCGGCUUUACCAAAAAGCCCCAUACCUACCAUGGAUCCGCGUCCAUCUUUUUUGCAUGGCAUGAUUACAGAUAUAAUGCCGGCUUCCAAACCAGCGUUACCCGAAAAACCGAAACUUCCUACCAAACCUGUUAUAAAACAAACUACCAACAAAAAAAGUUCUUCUUCGACACAUCAACAACAGUUGACAAUACAUUUACAAAAUAAUAACAAAAGAGACGAAGAAAUUACAAGAGCCAAUAACGAAGAGAAAAAUAAUGAAAUAAGUGAAGUACGUGAAGAUAAACCAGAACCUAUUUAUUAUGCAAAACCAGUGUUAACAAAGCAGGAUAGCGAUACUUCACUGAAUAGCCUAAGUAAACGUAAAGCUCCAACACCACCAUUAUCACCAUCAGUGGAAGAAUACUCCAAUAAUUUGUACCAAAGAAAUACUAAUGGUUUUAUGAAAUCAGAUUCACCAGUUGUUAGAGAGAUGGAAAAAAGAGAACGAGCAUCUGCCUCUUCCGCUUCUCCUAAACAAAGACCAAUUCAAGAUGAUGGGUUAGAAGUAAAAAAAGAUGUAAUACCAGAACCAGCACCAAGAAGAAAUAUAUCACUAUCUCACGAUAACUUAUUGUUGGAUGAGAAACGAAAAGGAAAACUUAAAUUUUCUAUUAAAAAACUACUACGUAUAGGGUCUUCAAAAGAUCUCGAUAAAAAAGAACUGAGUGUAGCUACCGUUACGAAAGUUAUACCAAAACCUGAUGAAAUAUACGAUUUAACACCAAAACCGAAGCCACGCCUCGUGAUUAUACAUCCUUUAGACAUUAAUGGGUCAAAUGUCGAAGUUGUGAAAUCAAAUUGCGAAAUUGCUGACAAUCUGCGAAGAGUGAGUCACGAUGAUGUGUCAUCAAUAUACAGUGGUAGUUCGACAGAAGUAGAAAUGCCAAAAGUAAUAAACAAACCACCUCCGCCACCGAGACAAUCAAGUGAAGAUUAUAAAAAUAUUUCGAAUUUACCAAAACCUGCUCGACCACCGCCACCUAAAUCUGCUGUUCUACAAAAACAACAGAAACAGCAGAUGUGGACGCCGCCUAAUAAAGAAGACAACAUCUAUGCUAAUUUAGGAGAAAUAAGGUCAGCGUUGGCGCCUCGGAAACCUGAAAGAACAGCGAGUAUGAGAGAGCGGGAGGCACAUUUAGAACUGCCAAAACGACGGACGCAUAUUGACGAUGACAAAGAUGAAAUCGACGACGGACCCCAGGAGCUGGUGCAAGCCACCAAUGACGCCGUCAUACACAACUAUGAUGACGUAUACAACUCCGCUAAAUACGAAGAAGAGACAAGUGACUCGGCCAAAAACAGCGACAGCGAUUACGAGUACGUUCACCAUGCGAGAUCGAGCUCGCCAGAAUGUGAUGCAGCAAUCAAAACCGACGACUCCGAAAACAGAUGUGAAAUCAGAAAAAGCGUGGAAACCACAGAAUUCCCUAAAUACAAUAACGGAAUAUUCAACAGAUCCUCACUGCCGUACUGCGGAAGUGAGACAGAGUCAGAAAUAUAUUCUCCGUACAGUUUCUAUAGCUCGAACGAUAACAUGGACAGCCCUAACAACGAGGAUUACCAAAACGAGAUGACACCAAAAAAUACCACGAAUAAGUUACGAGUGCGAAAAGGACGAAGUGUCGUGCACAGAAAUCUGGAGGAUAAUUAUGGCGCCGUCGUUAUUGCGAAUCACGAAGCGCUCGCGCAGGUUUUAGAACAGGUCCAACAAAGUGCUGCAAUGCAGCCUUCUCUUCGAGGUCUCAAAGCGUGCACAAAUCUUCGGUGGAACGAUUUCUCCAUCCAAUCUGGUCACAAACACAACCUCGUUAGAGCUGGCAAAAGAAUUUUCCACCAAGCAAUAUGGAACUCAAGUCAAGGGCCCGUGAAUGUGACCCUAAUGUUACACAAAGAGCAAAUGGCGUCGCAAAUGAUAUGUCAGCAAUCAGUACAGCCACAGUCACUAAGUUUGAACGCCAUCACAGAGUUCUGUGACCUCGUGCCUAAGAUACAUUUCGGGGAAGAAGGAGAAGACUUAGUUCAAGCCACCAUCGUGGUGUUAGCACACGCGCAAGUCGACACAAUCCAGUCAUACGGCGAGAGCCUUCACGCCACAGAAGGUCUUUCCACCAAGGAGUACCAGCUAGUACAGACAGAACAAAUUCACGAGGCCAUAUUCAUGAUGCUGCAACUUAUAAAUGGGCUGAAAUGCCUUCAAGCUAGAGGAGUGGAAGAGAUCCCGGAGACAUUGACAGCUUUCAUAGCCUUGAAGGAGAUUCAGCCUCUCGCCUCACACGGUAGUACCUUGAAUUUGCCAUCUCCAGAUGACAGACUGAACUCACUUUGGGCGCCAAAAACGAACAAUUAUGGACGGUUAUGUAUUUUACAAGGACUAAGCGAAGAAAUUAACUGCAGCAAAUCUUCUGACGAGGAACACCUGAACUCUCUAUGCAAAUGUGCUGUCAAAGCUCUCGAAAUCUUGCUGCCAGGGGAGAAACUCACACCACUUUUAAAGGAAGUUCUUCAUGAGGAACGGGCGAUAUCCUUAAAUCAGGCUAAGUCUGUUCUAGAAUUCAUGUUAUGGGGUCCUUUGGACGUCGUACAAGGAGUUCCUGUUGAUGAUAGAGAGUUAUCUCUUCAGAGAUGGUUGGAUCUAGAAAGGGCGACGGUUCUACACGGCUUAGUGCGGACAAGAGUACAAUUGAACGUUUUCGAACAACUCCAUCUCAUGUUCUUGGUUCGUUCAACGGCAAAAGCCAUGUGUGACGCGUCGGUUCUACUACAGAAAGCCAAUGUGUAUUAAUAUGUAAAAUUCUAAGCUUUAGAAUAGAUUACCUGUUUUAUAUGCCAAGUUUAACUUUUAGUCUUAUUUGGGUUUACGCUGCAUCUUGCCUAUCGUUUUGAGAAUACAGCGGCGUAUUCGCAUAAUCUUUCUCGCUCUAGCAAAUAGCGAUUCUAAGCGA